UGCGCAAAUCAUUAGUCUUGGAUUAGCCUCUUUCAGCUGCGCGAUGUCGAAAGUUUUUUGGAUUUGCUUUUACGUAUCUCUGAUUUCGGCCCAGCCUAUGGUGCCGAAUAAUAAUUGCGAAUUUUUUACAUAUUCUACCGCGAACUAUGGUCAAACAUACAUAGGUGUUCUAAGGGCGCACAGGACCGACAUUCAUCAGUUUUACUGGGAGGCAAACUUUACGUCUCGCGGGGCCAAUGUGGAUCAAGUCGACUAUCUCAAUCCAUAUCCAUCCAAUGAGGAGUGCUACGCCAAUGUCAAUAGCGGUAAGCCCGCUGAAAUGGUCGUGGAGUUUAUAAACAUUAACGGCGAGCUGCCCAUGCUGACUGGUUUUAGACUAAAUGGAGUUACCCUCUGCUCCAACCAAAAAUACGAAAAACCCAGGACUACAGCUCGCAUAGCCCGUAGUAUGCAUGUUUCAGAAAUACUUCGAGCCCCUAGGCUGGGAUAUAGACAAAGCGGCUAACACAUUUCUUCUCUUCACUUAAUGCAUUAAAAAAUGAAUGAAAUUUAAGUCUUCUAA